AUGCAAUUCUCCACCUUCACCAUCUUUUUCCUAACUGUUCUGGCUGGCCAGACUCUUGCCUCUCCAGCCAGGGGCGGUAAAGCAGCCCGGGUCGCUGGCGGUGCUGCCGCCGGAGGUGCGGCCGAGGGCGCAGCUGGGGCCUCUACCGGCGCGGCGACCGGUGCGAGCAAGGAGGAACAACCCUGCACCGGCAGAGUCGACCAAAGAGACCGCCAGGGAACGUGCGAUGCCAAUGGCCGUCGCGGUAUCAAUACUCCACCCAACAUUUUCGACUCUGUGGCCAGUGAUGACUGCGAAUAA